CCACUUAGUGUUUCUCUCCUUGUCCUCCUUUAAUUUUUAUUCUUUGGCUUGUUCAUCGCCAUCAUUAGCAACAAAGUUCCAUAUUUGAUUUUUUCUUCAACUUUCAUAGCUACCACAAGAAAAGCUAGUGUGUGAGAGAAAAGCUAGCUGUUGGUACUACUUAUAUUUACUAACUCACUACCUGCUACUUUCUUGUUCAAACAUAAACAGAUCUUGUUCUCAUACAAUUUCCUCACUCAAUUUCACCUUCUUUCUUGAUUUUCUGAUCUGGGUGUGUUGUUUUUAUCAUUGGGAACUCCGUUUUUUUAGCAUUGUGUCAAAUUCUUUGAACUACUUUUCAUUUGCUUUAUCUGAUCUCUGUGCUUUGAGUUUUUCCUUUGAAUUUGUGGUUCUGCAUAUCAUCAAUGGAAGAAGAUCGAGAAUUUAAGCAUGUCUGCAAGUUCUGCAGCAAAAGUUUCCCUUGUGGUAGAUCCUUAGGUGGUCACAUGAGGUCUCAUAUGAUCAACAACAAUUCAGCUGAAAUUACAGAUUUUGGUAAGUUGAGUAAGAAGAAGAAGCUCUCAUCGUUUGUUAAUAAUAAUAUUGGCUCCUACGGGAACUCUGAAACCCCUGGUUAUGGUCUCAGAGAGAAUCCCAAGAAGACCAGAAGACUUGCAGAUUCGAAUGAAGAAAGUUCAAUCUAUGACAAGUUUUGCAAAGAGAGUAGUGGAAAAGGGCAUCAUUCUUGGAAAGCAUCUGUUGGUAACAUGAACUCUACUCAAUCAGAGAAAGACACCAGCUUUGAGGAUCAAGACUCCUGGACUAUUGGUAAUGAGAAGCUGGUGAUGGAUAGCCAAUCUGAUAAUGAGACUGCUGCUCCAAAUCGAAAAAGGCGAUCAAAACGAAGAACAAGGUACAUGGUCACUGCGAGGUCCUUUUCUGUGUCUGAGAUUCAACAAGAACAAGAAGAGGUUGCUAUGUGCUUGAUGAUGCUUUCGAGGGAUGUAGGCCCUAGAGGUGGGUUGAAUUCUAUUGCUGAAUCUUCUAAUAAUAAUUCUGAGUAUUUCGAAGCUAAAAAUGAGGUUAAGAAUUCUGUUUGUAGUGUUGAUGAGGUUGUGAAGUUGAAAAUGCUCAAAAAGAAGUCGACGUCUGGUUUUGUAGAUUCAGAGAACUUCCAAUUUGAAGGGAGACACUCUGAGUAUUCUGUUGAUGGAUUUGUCGAGAAAGAUGGAACAAAGAAGUCACAAUUGCAUUAUCUAUAUGGAGAUGAAAAUUCUGAAGUUGAAUUGGGGAGAAAUUCAGUGAAGGAAACUGAAUCAGAUCACGCUCAAUUGGGUUCCAGUAAUAAGUUCAAUUCGAACAAGAAAAAGCUUCCUGAUUCAUCAACAACUGAUGUUUUGGAAACUGAACUCCACAAGCAUUCUCAAAAGAGAAGCAAAUUUGAGUGUACUACUUGCAACAAGAUCUUCCAUUCAUACCAAGCUCUUGGUGGUCAUAGAGCUAGCCAUAAAAAGAUCAAAUUCGCUUCGAAAAUCAAUAGCAGCGAGACUAGUAUUGAAACAGAACUCUCCCCUGACCCAACACCAGAUAGUAAGAUCAUCAAUUCCAUGAUCAAUGAGACUGAAACUGAUCACUCAAUUGCAGAUUGUGAUGAGAGAGCUGACACAAGUUAUGGGGCAAUAAAGAAAAGGCAUGAGUGCCCAAUUUGCCUAAAAGUUUUCUCAUCAGGCCAAGCAUUGGGUGGUCACAAGAGAUCCCAUUUAAUCAAUGCCAAUGAAGCUAGGAACAAUCCAACCAUUGUUAUUGAAAAACCAAUACCCGAAAUUCGAAGCAUUCUUGAUCUUAAUCUGCCUGCUCCCGUUGAAGAAGAUAGCAGCAAUGCUCAUCUGGGAUCCAAGCCAUGGUGGAUAGCUAGCAGCCACAAGCAUGAAGCACUUGUUGGCUUAAUCUCUAACUGACCCUCUUGGUCCCUGGCCAUGCUUUAACCAGUUAUUCAAUAAAAUUCAAGAGUGUACAGAAAAAUUCUCUGCUUAUUAUUUCAUUCAUUCUUUUACACAUUCAAGAAUACUCCAAGGUCUUUUGAACCAUUAAGACUUUCUAUAAACACUAUGCACACUUGUUAGU